AUGACCUCUACCAAGCGCGCUGCCCCAGCUUCGCCGUCGUCGCUAGGCAAGCGUCCGUGCAGUGCCAGCACUGUCCUUACGAACCCGUCGCUCAUCGGUGCCAUCACCGACUAUAGCACCAACUGUCUCGCUUUGUGCCCGACGCUCUACGACAUAUUCGAUCUCUCGAACGUUGCGAGCUGCUCUUUCCAAGAGGAUGAGGCAGCGUUCAACCGCCUCAGUGGCAAGCACGUCACGAACGGCUAUGUCGACCACGAAGAGGACCUCAGCAAGGACGAGCUCGUGGCGCGCGCGAAAGCCAGUGUCGCGGACCCCAAGGCCCUUUACCGAGCGCUGGAAGUGCACCAAAAGCUUGCCGAAAUCAUCGCCCCGAUCACAACGACGUACUCGCUGCCGGCGGGCGGCAUCCAGCAAUUCGCUCUUUUCGGUGAGCGCCCGAUGCUGUUUGCGCCGAGCUGCCGCGUGGACCCGACGUUGACGACGUGGGGCCGCGACGACUUGGUCCAGAUUUUCAACAACAACGAAAUUGAGUUUCGCGACAACGGCUUUGGCGUGCCCCAUGGCGUGGGAUGGCACUGGUCCAACGUGUCCGAUGACGGCGAGUGUGCGUUCUGCUCGGCGGCUGGUAUUGUCGAGGAGAACGAAGAAUUGGAACGCGAUGGUGGCUACGGCGAAGAGGACAACGAGAUCCCGGACGUGUGGCACGCAUUCAUCGCCGCCCACGGACUGCACGUCAACGCGUUCCGGUCUUGGCGCAACUACGCCUACAAUGCGCUCGUCGCCAACAGCGAGGCCCACCGCUCCUUUUGCAGCAACGUCAUUCAGCCGUUGCAAGCGCACCUUCGCGCGCAUUUGAGUGACGUCAAGAUCGUCACGUGCGACUACCGUGACGGCGGCGGCCAGAUUGUGAGCUCGUCUUUCGUAGGCGGGCUGACCGCCGACGGCUACCUCGUCGGCGUCUUUUUUGGGUUUGAAGAUGUCUUGUGA